AUGGCAAUAACAGGUUUUCCACCAAGGAACCCAGCCCCUGCUCGCACGGUUUAUCAAUGGGAAAACGGAACCUGGGCUGAGAACAUCGCUGUGCGCUCAAAUGGAGAUCUCCUUGUUACGCUCAUGGACCGACCUGAGCUGUACUCAAUCAAACCGGACACGUCUGCAGCAAAGCUAGCCGCGAAUCUCGACGAGCAAACGAACGCGAUUGGACUCCUCGGCAUCACAGAAAUGGCGCACGACGUGUUUGUCAUCGUUGCGGGAAACUUUUCCGUCGCUCGCAGAGAGUCGGACCCUGCGAGUUUCUCAGUCUGGGAGAUUGACUUCAACCGGGGCGGCAAAUGCGAGAAGGUCAAGGAGGUUGAACGGUUCCCUCAAGCCAGCUUCCUCAAUGGCAUGGUCACCUUGAACCGCCAGAAGCAGACCGUCUUGAUAUCGGACUCGGUCCUCGGCCUCGUAUGGCGCUUGAACACGCGCACGGGCGAGUACGCGGUGGUGCUGGAAGAUGCCACCAUGACGGCGCCAGAGGGAAGCAGCCCGGUCAUUGGAAUCAACGGAAUCCGGAUCUUUGGGGACUACCUGUACUACGUCAACGCUCAGCGACAGCUCUACUGCAGGGUCAAGAUCGACCUGUCUACUGGUAUGGCGCUGGGACCUUACGAGGUCAUCACUACCGAGAUUUCUGGAGACGACUUUGCUAUGGCUGCUGACGGAACGGCGUAUGUGACCACCAACGCUGAAAACGGGCUGGAGAGAGUCACCGCCGAUGGGCAAAAGACCCUUGUUGCUGGAGGAUUGAAUUCGACCGUGGUAGCUGGAGCAACUUCGGCCGCCUUUGGACGAACGAGGAAGGAUAAGGAUGUUGUCUAUGUUGUGACUUCUGGAGCUCAAGGUUUUCCCGUCGGUGGGACCUUCUCAGAGGGUGGUAAGGUGGUUGCUGUUCCGGUGUAA